UUGUUCAGGAAAUUGUGACGUGUUUUCUGGGCAGGGUUUGAGGUUUUGGAACCUUUUCUAAAAGGGACAGAGAGCACCCUGCUACAUUUCCUAAUCGUGAGGUUGGCGUCCAGGCCAUAGAGCUGAAGCGAGCUGGCCACGAUGCAGGUGCUUCUCCAGGGCAGUAGGCUGAUCCUGGCUCUCGCCCUCAUCCUCGUUUUGGAUUCUUCCAUUCAAGGUAUUCCUGUGCAGAGAGCCAGGUACCAGUGGGUCCGCUGCAGUCCCGACAGUAAUUCUGCAAACUGCAUUGAUGAAAAAGGACCAGUGUUUGAUCUACUGCCCGGUGAAUCCAACAGAAUCCUCCCUCCCAGGACAGGCCCUUUUUCAAUGACAAGAUCCCAGAACUUGAAUGAUGUCUUCCCUCUCUCUGAGGACUAUUCUGGAUCAGGCUCCGGCUCUGGAGCAGGAUCUGGCAGUGGCUCUGGAAAUGGCUUCCUAACAGACAUCGAGCAGGAAUACCAACCAGUAGAUGAAAAUGAUGCUUUUUAUUACAAGUUUAGGUCUAGGGAGAGAAAUCUGCCCUCAGACAACCAGGACUUGGGUCAAGAUGGACCAGAAGAGAAUUUUAUUAUAUAAAAGAGAAGGUCUCCUACCUUGAUGCCAGGCAAUGUAUUCAGUAUAUUUUGUGUACCAUGGUUAAAAGAUUAAUUUUGGGACAAAAAGUUUUAUAGAAAUUUUAAAACACCUGAAAAAGUUUAAGUUUUAUCACUUUUUUUUCUCAUGAAUUCUUAAAGCUUCCGUUAUCUAUCCUAUUGUCCUGGAAAACACCUAUGUUUCCUUUGUAUCACAUUCAACCAACAUCACUAUGAAUUAACUAGACUCUUCAUGUCUAUAAAAUUGCUUUAAAGAAUAAAUUACACUGUUUUUAAAAAAUUCAGUUUGAGAAGCAAAUUGACAGGCAGGAGUUCAUACUGAAGUCUUCAGGAAGCUGAUGCUGAUUGUGAAUUAUAGAUAUACCCCUUUUGUUAUGAAAAAACCCAGAUGAAACACACAGUGAAUUUAGAGUGGGCAUCUGACAUGUUUUACAGUGUGAAGUGUAUUGUUCUAAUGUUACUAUUGAUGUGUUUGCAGAGCUAGUGGACAUCCUUUGUUUAGAAGUAUAAUUGCUGUUACAAUUAGAAACUUAAGACCCAAAUUAAAGCACAUUGUGCUCUCAGGACCUCACACCACUUUCCCUUUUCUUGUGGAUAUCUGUGUAUUUUCAAAUGUUCCUCUAUUAAAGCAGAAGUAUAAUCAAA